AUGCCCACCCAGCUCCGACAAACUAUCCUUCUUUCACUCCUCCUCCCCCUCAAUCCACUCUUCACCAACCAAACCACCACAGCCGCCUUUCCGGGUCGCUCGUCCAUUCAAACAGCGUCCACGUCAACUACGCAGAGAAACGAUUGUGAGAGUCGCAUGGUAAAACAAAUAAAUGGUGUGCAGAAAGAUGAUGAUGUUGCUGCUCUGGUGUGA